AUGCUGCAACUCAGUAGGGAGGUUUGGCAACCACCUCCACAAGCAACCUACAAACUUAACUUUGAUGCGGCGGUCUUUUCGAGAUUGAACAGAUCUGGAUUUGGAGCGAUAAUCCGUAACGACAAGGGAGAGGUCAUAGCUGCUAUGACUACUAGUGGACCGAAGGUGAGUACAAGUGAUGAAGCUAAAAUGCUUGCAUGCAAAAGAGCUCUUGAAUUUGUUGUGGACGCUAGUUUCUCAAGGCUGAUCAUUGAGGGAGAUAAUGUCAACGUCAUACAAGCCAUUUCAUCUCCAUUGGCAAACAACUCACUGAUAGGUAAUGUGGUUGAUGAUAUUCGCCAUUUAAUCCAAGGUUUAUAG